AUGGCUGUGGAGCCCCACACUCUCAAGCGCCGCGCCUCUGGGUUACGUCGCGUACGCGAUCAACGAGAUUUGCGGCCAUUUGUGAAUCCUCAGCCAGGAGGUCGGAGAGUAGACUCCUCGGGAAUGCCACUGUCGCCGCUGAAGCAGUUGACGACAAAUUUGGUCGAAACCUACCACAUUUGCAACCCGCAGUUCAAAUAUGAGUCAACCCACAACCCACGGCGCGUCCUGACGAAGCCGAGUAAGCCAGUGCACAACGAUGGAUACGAUAAUGAGGACUACGACUACAUCCUCUACGUCAAUGAUUGGUUAGGCACGGAUGAUGGUCACAAGUACCUCAUCCUCGACAUCCUCGGCCAAGGAACAUUUGGUCAAGUGGUGAAAUGCCAAAACAUGAAGACGCAUGAGGUCGUCGCAGUGAAGGUCGUCAAGAACAAGCCAGCUUACUUCAACCAGAGUAUGAUGGAGGUCACGAUACUGGAGCUGUUGAACCAACAAUGUGAUCCCCAUGAUGAGCAUCACAUCCUCCGACUGCGUGAUUCCUUCAUCCACAAAAGCCAUCUGUGCCUGGUCUUCGAGCUACUUUCCUCGAACUUGUACGAGUUGAUCAAGCAGAACCAGUUUCAAGGUCUCAGCACCCAGCUUGUCAAGGUUUUCACAGCUCAACUCUUGGACGCUCUCACAAUUCUGAAGGAGGCACGAUUGAUCCAUUGCGACCUGAAACCAGAAAAUAUCCUCCUGAAGUCUCUACAGUCGCCACAAAUCAAAGUGAUCGACUUUGGGUCUGCCUGCCAUGAACGUCAAACGGUGUACACCUACAUUCAGUCGCGUUUCUAUCGCUCACCUGAGGUUCUGCUGGGAAUUCCGUACACAGCGGCAAUUGACAUGUGGUCACUGGGAUGCAUCGCUGUGGAAUUGUUCCUUGGUCUCCCGCUCUUCCCCGGCACCAGCGAGUACAACCAGAUUACGCGGAUAGUCGAGAUGCUUGGGAUGCCACCGCAGUAUAUGCUGGAUAUGGGGAAGCAAACCGGCCAGUUCUUCGACUCCUUCGUCGACCACUACGGACACAAGAAGUACAGGCUCAAGAGUCUCGAACAGUACUCUCGUGAACACAACACAAACGAGCAGCCUGGAAAGCAGUACUUCAAAGCGACCACACUUCCGGAGAUCAUCAAGCAAGCCCCGAUGCCCAGCUUCAAGACCUCGUCACGACAACAGUCUCAUCAAGCAGAAGUCGAGAAGGAGAUGAACAAUCGCGCUUCCUUCAUCGAUUUCGUCCAGGGACUUUUGAACAUGAAUCCCAUUGAGCGCUGGUCACCUCAGCAGGCACGGUUACAUCCUUUCAUUACGGGAGAAAAGUGGACCAAACCAUGGACACCUACCGGCGCGACGUCUGGCCACCCAGCGCCAUCCGGGACGCCGAGCUCAUCCUCCAAUGCCGCACCCGUCGAUCCCAAGAGGCCAUACGGAGGGUUGGUCCCUUCCCAACCAAAGGGUACCCGAGCGUACCAGGACGCUGCAGCGUACAACCAGCAUCUCGCGCAGCACCAAGCAUACACAGCGCAAGCUCAGGCGGCAUCCCAGGCGGCGCAGAAUGCGUACCGGAACCCCUACCUUCAGCCCCAAAGUUCUCAAUCUCAAUCGUCAUCGUACGGAGGCACUCAAGAGACCACCAAUCCCAACUUCUCUGCUCCAUCAUUCAACCCACCCAGCUCGCAGACGUCAUCGCACCGCACUCUCGCGCACCAAAGUUCGCAUGGGCAUCUGAACGUCAACACCAACGUGCCACAGUUCCCAGGCCAGGCCACUGCUGGAACUGGCGGGUUCACUGUCCCUCAACACUUGAACCCCGCUCCACCCGGUCAGUCCUACUACUCGUCGACACGCAAUCGCUCCAACACCAUCCACAACAUGGCGGACAACAUCCCCCCGGCCCUGGCGCGGUUGCAACAUAUGAACCAAGACGUCAUCGGGGGUCGGAAGGCGCUCACACCGGUGCUGAAGCGCGAUGACGCAAUGAAAGAAUGGGAACGAAGGCAGCAAGGCAAGGCAGCUGCUGCGCAGCCAUACCCGCAGCUCGAAUUCCUUCAGCAGCAGGCAGAGAUGGCGGCCGCGCAAGGUCUCACCAACUGGGGUCACGGUGCCGGCGCGUCGGGCCGGUACCCUCCGCCGACCUCGGGGCUUGCACAUUCGUACCAGCCGAACGCGAUGCUCGUCGACGAAGACCGCCGGGACGUGAUCAUCAACAGCGCGCGCAAUGCGGCGCACGCUAGCGACCAGCCGCUCUACACCUCCGCCGCAGGCAACCUGAUCCCAAGUCCCCCGCAAGCCUACACAAGCAACGCAACGACGACCGGCAACCGCUAUGCAGCCACAUACUCCCAGGCGUCGAACCAAACGCCUACGUCCCCGUUUGACGGAGCGCUCGAUCGCCGCGGUGACCUGAGUAACAUGUUCGUCCCUCUCCAGCCCGACCAGUACGGCCCAUACAAUCCUCCAGGCUCCUCUGGUGGUGGUGGCCCGCGCCAGGUUGCCCCUCCGCAGCAGGCCGUUGCGCCAUCGUUCUAUGGCGCCGGAGUUGUCCCCGCCGGGCACGCAAUGGGUUCGCAGCAGCGGAACCCCUUCGGUGGGGCGGACAGCCAAUCCCAGGCAAGCACGAAGGAGUCCCGUCGGAAGAGCGGGAUGGAGCUCUGGACCCAGUGA